CCCAAACCCAAAACCCCCGCUCCGCUCCCGACCAUUCCACUGCAACUCGUCCCCGUCGCUGAUGACGCGCUUCACCGCGCCGCCGCCGCCGUCCUCGCCCCCGGGGUCUCCACCUCCCAUCCGCCACUCCCCGGCCCCUGCCCCGGCCACCCCACUCUCUCGCCGCGGCCUCCACUCGCCGUCUCCGUCCCUCGCGCUCACCCCCUCCUCCGCGUCCACCUCCUCCAGGCCGAAGUCGCGCCCGGCGCCGAAGCGAAUCUACUCGCCGGCGCAGUGGGUGCCGCUGCCCUCUCACCCAGCUUUCUCUUUCCGCGCUGGCGAUGGCGAGGGCGGCGGUGGCGGCGCCGCGUGGGACGCCACCGCGUCGCGGCUGUACGUGUGGGACCCUUCGGCGUGCGGUGCCCACCGGAUAUGCGUGCGGGUUCGGGACGCGGAGGCGGAGAAUGACGGGGAGGAGGUCGCCGUGGAAGCCGCCGUACCUUCCGUGAUGUUGAUGCCAGAGACUGAUCUUGGUUAUGUGGUCACUCACAUAUCACUUAAUGCUGAUGGUUCAUCACUGCUACUUGUUGGAUCACAUAAUGUUCGUAUUUUAUAUGUACAUGAGAGGUUAUCUGAAGACGGUGAUACAAUCAUUUGCAGGACUGCACCAAUUGCUUCUCAGAUCCUGCCCAGUAACAGUGGUGGCAUAAAAGUUCUGCAGGCAUCUUGGCACCCUUUUAGCAACAACCAUUUUGCAGUUUUGACAUCAGAUGCUGUUUUCAGGUUAUUUGAUCUGUCAUCCGAUUUAGAGCAGCCAGAGCAGGAAUUUUAUUUGCAGCCAAUUGUACCUGGAAAAUGUCAGAAUGCUUCGGCAAUUUGUCCAGUGGCAUUCUCUUAUGGGAGUGAUCAUCUAUGGGAUAGAUUUUCGGUUUUCAUCUUAUUCAGUGAUGGUUCAAUUUUUGUGAUCUGUCCCAUUGUUCCAUUUGGAAGUGACUAUAGCAAAAGGCAUAUUCAAGAAAUAUACGAAGAUGUCAAUGCAUUUGGAUUGAAAUCUUCAAAUCCGAAUGUUGUCACUAACUCACAUUUGGCCAUUGCUUGGUUGGAAGCAACAUUUCCUGACUUGUUACAUCAAUCAACAGAUACCAGUUUGCUGAUAUCAAGAGCUCAUCCAUAUGCUCCAGUAGAUGAUUCUCUAGCAUUACAGGGGCCUCUUUGUAGAGUUUGCGAGGACAACAAUGGAUCUGAAGGCAAGAGCAGCUCUUGUGACGGCAAAGCUGUUGGUUUCAUGUACAGUUCUGCUGGCAAAGAUUCAGUUCUUGUGACUGCAUGGGGUAGUGGGCAGCUCCAGAUUGAUGCUUUUGCUGAUGAAAUUCAACCACAGUGGAACAUCGGGAUUCCUACUCGCCUUAAGGUCGAUUCACAUGGACAAAUAAAGAGUGUUGCCAUGAUAUGUGACUCUAAUUCACAAGAUCCUUUGGCCUUGAGAUCAUAUCGACCAUCUAGUACGGGAUCAAAUGUGAAGGGCAACACAGAAGCUGUUUGGAUGUGGCACUCUCCUCCUUUGCUACGACUUGCAAUUGUGGAUUUGGCACUACCAAAAACUCCUAAUGAUAGCUCUUUGUCAUUGUUUCCGGACCCCCUUGUCCCAGAGAGAUUUUAUUGUGCUCAUGGUGGGGGGCUUGACAUGGUCACGCUGCACUUCCUGCCAUUUUCAUACCCUGAAAUGGCUUCAACACCACCCUCCGUGCAUCCUGUCCUCACUACAGGCAACAGUGAAACAAGUGCUCCUUUCCUUUCUGGGUUUGUUACCAUAGCCGAUGCAUAUGGCCAUGUACAGUUAGUUGGCAUCACAUGCCCUGGUGAGUGCUUUGUAGUGGAGAUGAAGGGUUGGAAGGAACCAACACCUCUUCAGCUUAACAUAGAUAGCAAGAGCAUUAAGGACGUGGAACCUCCCACAACUGGAAUGAUCAGCAAAGAGCUUGUCGCUGGUCCAGACCCACCCAUACUUCCAUCUUCGUCAAGCCUGAGGUCGUUGACCCCUGACUCUAUUGAAGGAAAAUCCACGCUUCAUCACUAUAUUAAGGUCUUCCAUGAGUACUAUGUGGAGUACGGGCACAAGGUUUUCAUUGAGCUCAAGGAACAUGCUGACUAUGUGAAGACAGAAAUUGAAGACAAACAGAAACGCUUAGAAGCAGUGAAGCAGUCACUUCUAUCCAUAGAAGCCAAAGACCAAGACAUUAAUAUGAGGAUAGAUCGGGCCUUCAAGGUGUACGAACUAUUGGAGAAGCGGAUAGAUACCUUCAAGAUGCUUCCCGCUGCAAACAAGAAACCAUUAUCACAGGCAGAGCAGGAGUUCAAGGCACAGCUUGACAGGUUUGCAGAUGUGGAGCAGGAUGCUUUGCGUUCUUCCAUUGCUGCCUUGAGUGCGAGGAUGAAACGGUUCGCUCACCAGUCCAUGGGCGGUGCAUCUGGCACAGGAAUGGCACCAUGGCAGACACCAAAAGGUGGAAGAAGCCAUGUUUCAGAAUCCCAGAUGUCGCUACUGAAAUCGUCGCUAGAGAGGCUCUCACUCCUCAAUGAAGAGAACAAUCUGAAGCUGCGGCUUAUUGAUCAUGAACUCAAGAACCAGGAACAAUAGGUGAAAUUUUGUUGUUCCGAAGGCAAAAAUGCAGUUAUAAUUCUUUUGGUUGGCAGUUCUUGGCACAUACGUGAACUGCAUGAUCCAUAGAGGCUGUUUGGUAUAAUUUUUCUGUAGGGUGAAAGGUUUGGUGGGCCUGCGGACUUCGCCCCUGAAUGCAGCAGCAGCAACUCUUGAUGAAACCUUUCAAGGGAAGGCUGCCCAUGUUGCGAACUGGCAAGCAGUUAGCACUGCAAGUGCAUACGAGCGCGAUGUAACUUGUAGCGAGAGUAGUGGUAGCUAGUCUGCUUCACUUUCUGCGUCCUGCGGAUUGUGGGCGUUAGGUUUGGCAUUUUCCGUACUGUACUGCGUGGUCGGAAGCUGAGAGAACCUGUUGAUCCGACUAGAAAAAGUACGUCCAGGUUAGAUGGCCGGUGACUGAGAAUAGUGAGUGGCCGAAUUUUAUUCAAAUACUGUUGUUCAGGAGAUGUGUAUUACUAGCUCUUAUUAAGUUAUUAUCAUGUUGACAUGCGA